ACCGUUGUAGUCGCCUGAGAAUGGGAACGGGGAAGAAAUGGGGCGGCGGAAGCUGUAUCGCGGCGUGGUUUGUGUUGGCGGAGCUUUGUUGGGUCGGAGGCGAGGGCGUUAAACUGGGUGUGCUGCUUGAUCCCAACUCGACUGUGGGCAAACUAUGCAACACCUCCAUCCAAUUGGCACUCUCCGAUUUGUAUACUGCAAAUCCUCAGUACAAAACCAGGAUUAUUCCUUUAUUCAAGAACGCCGGAGACAUCAUCGGAGUAGCAUCUGCGGCGUGGGAGUUAUUAAGAGAAGGAGUAGAGGUCAUAAUGGGAGCUCAAACUUCACAAGAAGAAGCGAUAUACCUGGCGGAAUUUGGAGGAAAGUAUGAAAUUCCCAUAAUCUCCCUCACAGCAACAAGCCCGUCGCUGUCUCCGAAGCAGAACCCAUAUUUGAUAAGGGCAGUACAAAGCGACUCGGCCCAGGUUGGAGCCAUAAGCGCCAUCGUGCAACUGUACGGGUGGCGAGAGAUAGUUCUAAUUUACGAAGACACAGAAUAUGGACGUGGCAUCAUCCCAGAUCUAGCGGACGCCUUGCAAGAAAACGGCACCCGAUUGAUUGAGAGAACGGGGAUCCCUGGGAGGGGGAGUGGGAGGGAAAUUGGUGAGGAGCUGAGGAGGGUGAAGAAUUUGAGGCGGAGAAUGAGGGUGUUCCUUCUUCACAUGAGUGCUUCCCUUGGGCGGAGGGUUUUAAUUGAGGCCAAGGAGGAGGGAAUGAUGAGUGAUGGGUAUGCAUGGAUUGUGACAGAUGGGCUUUCUUCUUUGCUUCAUCCAAUCACGGAUCCCCAAGCUCUUGACGCAAUGCAAGGGAUUGUGGGCGUAAGGCCAUACAUACCAAAUACCCAAAAGCUUCACCAAUUUCAAGCAACCUUCAACCAACAACUUCCAUUUCCUUUAGCAUCGCUCAAUCUUUUUGCAGUGCAGGCGUACGAUACGAUGUGGGCGUUGGGCACGGCGGUGGAGAAAUUGAAUGCCACCAUCUCAGCAACUGCAACUGCAACUGAUAGACGCGCGAUGAGGGUAAGUCUUCGGGAUGCAAUUAGGAACACAAAAAUUGAAGGCAUUAGUGGAGUUUUCAUUUUGGUCGACGGAGAGCUAAACCCACCAACUUUUGAAGUGUUCAAUCUGGUGGGCGAGAAGGAGCGGAUCAUCGGAUACUGGAGCCAGAAAGGAGGCAGAGGAGUCCGGCCUGAAGUUGCAAUAUCAAAUUCAAAAAACCAACUGAAGCAACCCAUUUGGCCCGGACCCACGGCCGAACAACCCAAGAUGAAAUUGAGUAUAGGAAUUCCAAUCAAAGGAUUCCCGGAGUUUGUAAACGCGGACACAAACGAGCCCCAGAAGUCGUCCGGAUUCUGCAUCGACGUCUUCCGCCUUGCAAUUGAAGUACCACACAUGAACAUAGAUUACGAGUUCGUCCCUUUCGUAAACCAAAUUGGGAAAAGUAAUGGGUCCUACGACGAGCUUCUGCGCCAGAUUGAGGCUCAGAAAGUGGAUGCAAUUGUUGGAGACAUAACAAUAGUUGCAAGUCGGUCGGAGUUCGUCGACUUCACUCUGCCGUACUCUGCAUCGGGGGUGUCAAUGCUGGUUUCUGCAACAAGCGAUAAGAAGGAACACAUGUGGAUAUUCAUGAAGCCAUUUACAUGGGAUCUAUGGCUACUUUCCUUCUUCUCCUUCAUGUUUACAGGCUUUGUGGUUUGGCUACUGGAAUGUCGUGUCAACACUGACUUCGGAAGAGGCCCAGCCCAACAACAAAUCGGCCUCAUCUUCUGGUUCAGCUUCUCCACGCUCGUCUUUGCUCACAGGGAGAGGAUAUUGAACAACUUAUCCAGAUUUUUGAUGAUCAUAUGGGUUUUUGUGGUGCUAAUCCUGACCCAAAGUUACACCGCGAACUUAUCAUCCAUGUUGACGGUGCAAAGGCUCCAUCCUUCCUUUGUCGAUGUUAAGGAGAUCAGAGAGAAGGGUUACUUCGUGGGUUUUCAGAACGGUUCCUUUGUGAGAGAUUUUCUAAUCACUCGGUUUGGAUUUGAUGAAACCAAGCUGAUACCCUGCGGAAGCUCCGACGAGUUUAAGUUAGCCCUGAACAGAGGAAGCUUUAAUGGUGGAGUUGCUGCCAUUUUUGACGAAAUUCCUUACAUUAAGGUCUUUCUUCGGAAAUAUUCUUCCGGCUAUCAAAUGGUCGGACCUAUUUACAGCACCGGUGGUUUUGGAUUCGCCUUCCCGAAAGGAUCCCCUCUGGUGGCUGACUUUUCGAGGGCAAUACUGAACGUGACCCAAGAUCAAGACAAAAUGCGCACAAUUGAGCAGAAAUACUUCUCAAAUCAAGAACCACCAAAACCAGAACCCAACGAUUCAGCUCUGGAUGUUUACAGAUUUGGUGGGUUGUUCAUCAUUACGGCAGUUGCUGCCUGGUCUUCGUUAUUAAUAUAUUUGGCCCAGUUCCUUAUCACACGUUGGCCGGACUCCGGCAGCGUCCAGUCUCCACUCACCUCCAAAUUUGUUGAAAUGGGCAAGCUUUUUUGCCAGGAACACUUCCACUCUUCUUCUCCGCGAACAAGACAAUCCAGAGUACACUCUGUUCCUGAAACAGCAGAAGAAACAACGACACCGCAGACUGUUCCCGACCAUAAUGUCGAUUCCAUGAAUACUGUUGCCAAUUAGUUCUAUAAUUUGAUGCAGGGUAAUUAUACUUACUUGAUUACUGUAUAUCAUUGAAUAAUCUCUCUGUAAAGUACACAUUCGUUGAAAAUAAUCUAAGCUUUUGUUGCAAAUGAA